CAGGCUUGCCCUUUUCCCGUUAGUGCUUGACUGCCUGUCAAUGUCCAAACUCUAAAAGAAUGCCUCUGCUGCCUCAUAAGGCCCGCGAAGAAUGGCAUGCCCACAUACCCUACCCGCCCUGCCUUUUUUGCUUGCCGAAUACGCCUUGUCUUUCAUUUUUAAUUUCUCUUUUCAUUACCGUCUAACUGUACCCGCAAACCCAGCCCACAUAUGUCAGUAGAGGACAUCGCACAGCCACUACCAUCCGCCUUCGAUACCUCAAUAGUCCGCCGAGUAGUGCAGCACACCCUCGACCACACAUGUACCAUCGAGGAUGUCCUGCGCGGCCACAACUGCCCUGAACAGACACUGCGCAAUCUCUGGAAGCUGCGCACAGUCUCGCCACAAUUCUACAAGACCUGCACUGACCUCUACUUCCGCUUUAUCACCACCAGCUAUCCGCUCACCGCCGACCCGCACAUUCUUGGCACACACCCACUCAAACGCACCAUGGACCUGCAUCACCACCACAAAAUGCAUGUCUUCAGUCUACGCCUCAUGCCCCACGUAACCGAGAUCCAGAAGGCCAUGCUGGAGAUUAUCAAGGUUAUGUAUCCGAUGAUAUCGCUGUUCCCGCGCCUCGGCGAGGUCCUGGCAGGCGGAGAUUUUUGGCCUGCAGUCAGGGAGACUGAGCAGCGCCCGGCGCUGCCGUGCAUUGUCUGCCCGGCUGUCAAGUACGUUGUCAUGUCGUUUGACUGGGACAGCGUUCUCCACCCAAGCGUCCAGGAUGAGGUCGACGACAAAGUCUCCGCGCUAUUCGCUAUCAUGCGAUCGUGCUUUCCAAACGCCAGGCUGCAUUUGCAGAUCGAUGACUCGGACGAGUACCUGGAGGACAGCGCCAAGAUGCUGCUGGUCCGGUCCAUCUUCAGCUGCUGGGGACGCGGUCACUCGCUGAUGCAUAUUUCGCGCAAACUGAAGCCCUGGGUGGUGUUCCCUGCCGCCCUGACCGGCCUGACGAAGCUGCAUGCGCACGCGCAUCCGCUGACCGACCAUUACUUUUACGCUAUGCAUCGGUCGGCCGAUUCACUGACCGACCUCAGCCUCAGCGGCCUGUAUCCAGCCGAUCUUUUGCGUGUCGUGCACCUCAGCAACGGCGAGCGUGUCGAUUAUCUGCUGUUGCGUCGCCUGGUCGUCAGCUUCAUUUCACUCAAAGGCAACGAGUUUCCUGACGAACUCGCCUUUGCCGAGCACUUCCCUAAUGCUGCCUACAUGAAGGUGAUGUCGUCGGGCUGGCCCAUCCCCGGGUACCUGGUCGGCGCUGCCUCGAAGGGCCUGAGGGACCUGGUGAUCGAAUAUCCGCGCCCAACCAACCUGUUCCGUAACCCUGCCGGUGGCAUCAUGGCGGCGUACCACCAAUGCCCGGCACUCGAAAACAUCACCAUCAGGCAGUACAUGGCCACAAUGCAGGCCGACAGCAAGUUUAUGUAUCCGUCGAUAGUAGAGAACCUGUUCCGGUAUCCGAAAUCAGCGCGGUCCUUCCGCCUUUGCUCCGAUCACAUUGUUGGUGUGUAUGAGACCAACCGCUGCAUCUCUGCCUUCCUGAACGCCCCUAAACUUCAGUCCAUAUACAUCCCUGAGGUUGCACUAAGCAUUGGAAGCGUGUUUACUCUUAUCAGUGGUCUGACAUCAUUGCACGAGCUGACUGUUCGUUUUGCCUUGCCGGUCUCAUCAAUUACGAAAAUGGUCACGGCCAAACAGACAAGAGAAAUGGCCGAUAUGUGCAGAGACUGCUGCGCGCCGCUCAAGCGCCUGACGCUCACAAACAACCAUUUCAAACAGAAGCGCUUGCUGUUUAGCUACGUGGCCAUGAUUGCUGCGGUGACAGGUACCUUAAAUCAGGCUACAGUCCAUGUCACCAGCAAGUCAGACGACAUCAUGGACGUGUUUUUGAGCGAAGCGAGGAGGAAGAUUUUCAGAAAGUACCGCAGCAACAUUGGUGAGACACUUGUGUUGCAUAUGGGGGACAUUCAGGCUUUCAGCUACCCUGUGGAUGCGUCUUUGGAGCCAAGGUUUUAACUGUAUAUAUUGUUUUCUGCUGACAGUUGACUGUGCUCAUGAUGUAGAUAUAUCACUACGUAGCCACCCUACCAAGUGUCCCAGUUAGAUGCC